AUGGAUUUUGGAUUACAUUUGCAGCCAUCAAAUGAAUUUGAAUUGAAAUGUUUUGUAGACAGUGAUUGGUCUAAUGAUGUACAAAAUAGAAAGUCAGUGUCAGGAUUUGUUGUAAUGAUUGCAAACACAUUAGUUGAUUGGAAAUCUAGAAAGCAGAUUUCAAUUGCCAUUUCCACAGCUGAGGCGGAAUUCAUAGCAUUGUCAGAAUUGUGUUUAGAGUUAACAUGGUAUAUACAAUUGUUAAAGGAUUUGGAUAUUGAAGUGAAAGGAGCUAUACUAGUAUUUGAAGAUAACACAACAUAUAUACAAGUGGCAACAGAUUACAAAAAAGAAAGAAAGAUCACCCUAAGAUCAGCUGCAUCUACACUGAACCUGAAUUUGUAUCAAAGGUUUAAGAAAUUUGCCAAUCCAGAAAGGUUAGCAACAGGAGUAUUGGCGGAUGAGUAUCGGCAAAUAUGUCAUGCUUUUGAAUAUGCAGACAGGCAAAACAUUAAUACUGCUGAUCAUUUUGGAACUGAAUGUGUUCCUUAUUGUACCUCCAUGAGUUGUCGUCAUGCUGCCAUAGCCAACUACUUUGGAGAUGAGGUUCCCCAAUGUAACAGAAGCUGUGAUUACUGUAAGAAUCCAGCAGCAGUGAAGAAGCAAGUGGAAGCAUUACAGCAUAGUACCAAAAGUUGGAGUAGAACCUAUAUUGGACCUUCUGCUUCAUCUUGGAAUGCCUGUGACCCUGAGCUGUAUGGAGGAGGAAAGCGAGGCUGUGGUGGCUUUGAAAGAUAUGAUGAAGAUACCAGGAGUGUGGGUGAAGUUAACGAGGACAGCCAGAAAAAGGAAUGGAACAUUUUCUAUAACAAACAGAUGAAGUUGCGCAGGAGCAGAGAAUCUGAAAACGAUAACUUUGUUCCUCCAGACAGUGAUUGUCCCUUGAAGGAUGCAGCCAGUAGGAAAAUUGCUAGAAUUACAGUAAAGGCUCGAGAACACUGCCUUUGGAUGCUGGAAGAAGCAUUGGUCACCAACCGGCAAGCGGCAGCAGUGACAGAUAGUUCAGGUCUUCUAGCAUGUGCUGUAGAGAUGGAAUAUGAAGCUUUCCGGAUCAAUAAGAUGGCAAACCUAUACAAGGCAUCAGUUCUAAAGAAGGUCACAGAAAUUAAUAAAGCUUCCAAAAAUGGGGAAUUGUACGCUAUACCGGACUUAGGAAUCAGUGACAACCCCAAGAUGAAAGGUGAACCAACUGCUACACAUGAUGAUGUAUUCUGUCAAGCAUCCAAAGUGAAUACUUUCAAACCCAAGAGAAUGGGGAUUGGAUUUCGAAGGAUGUCUGGCAUGUUCCAGUCUGCUUCAGAGGUUCUGUCGGCCAAGGAAGGAGACGAGGUUAAUGUUGUAAAAGAGGAAAUUGGUUCAGACUGGAAGGAGGACGGUGGCUGUGGUCCCAAGCCUUUAGAUAUGGGUGACAUUCUUGAGGAUGAGGAGGAAGCAACCAACAAAAUAUGCAAAAACGGUGGUGAAUCCCCUGAAGAAAAGGGACAGCAUGAUACUGCUGAGGCUGUCACCUCCUUGGCGGUUAGUCUUGAAAAGAGAAAAACUACUAAGAAGCAGUUGCUGUUGGCAGAAGCAGCUAGGAAAGAAUCUCAGAACAUCUCCAAAUUCUUCUCCAUCCCCAAAGCAGGAUGUAAAGCCAAGGCUUCAGAAAUUGAUUUGGCAGAAGAGAAAAUCAACUGUCUCAAUGAACUGCCUCAGUUUCCCUCCCGAAGAGCGUGUGAAGAGAAAGCUGAACCUAAGGAAACGGCGACUGUUUUUAAAGAAGAACUAACGAGUUCACCCCCCAAAAAAGAGCAGGAAUCCAAAAAUAUAGAAAAUCUGUCUUUGGGCAGUCAAAGAUUAGGGAGAGAGUCCUCGUGCUCAGGAUCAAGUCUUGAAAAACCAAAGGCUGAACCUGUGGUUGAAGAAGAUAUGACCAAUGAUUGUGAAAAUCUUAAUGGAAAAAGACCAGGAUCAGCUGAGGACCUGGAGAGCCCUGCUGAAAAGAGGCUACGGAUGAUGAACAAGUCCUCCAUUUUGUCACAGUCAGACGGGAAAGCAGUUGGGCUGGCAAAAAAGAAAGUCACUUUUGAUCCAAAUUUAUCACAGGUUGAUAAAGAAGGGACCACAAGAGUCAUCCAGCCGCCUUCAAAAACAUUGUCGCUUAAGGAAACAGCAGAUAUUGUUGUAAAAUAUUUGACUCCUUUCUACAAAAGUGGGAGAUUUGCAUCUAAGGAUUUGUUCAAGGGAUUUGCCCGACACCUCUCUCAUUUGUUGGCUGCAGACAAAAGCAGUUUCCGCAAAACAGUGAAAGAAGAAGCGCAGAGGCUGAUCAAGUCGUUUUUCAAAAGACGGGACAAGUGUGAAAAUGAAACAGACUGGCAAGAGCUGACCCCUUUGGAAACGUGACUCACAAAAGGCCCGGCUUCGCUUUGCUGGUUGUGACAGAAGACUGUCCCUCCAAGUUUCGCUGUAACUACUACGCUUUGUAACCAUGCAAUGGGGAAGCGGAGGGAGAGGGCAGCUGAGGGAGAGAGAGGUGCCGGGGUUAAGGAU